UAUGCGCUGUGUACAGUACGCCGUGCCAGGCAGUGACGACGGUAGAGAAAACAGGAACACUCCAGCGCAAGAAUCCAGAGAUACUUUCUGUCACAGUGAUGGCCACUACUAACGCCCCACCUACCUACGUGGCUGCGCCUCAGCCUGUCGGCCAGCAACAACUGGUGACGGUGCAACCCGCUGCCGGCGUUACUUUCGGCACGGUCAACCCACAGCCUCGAAGUGGUAACUGGAAGGGUAUUCUAUGGACAGGAAUAAUUCAAGUGGUUUUGGGUUCCUUAACCGUCAUUUUUGGGAUUGCCACCGUGACUGCAUUUGGCCGGUUCUACUAUAUCAGUGACAUCGGAUCUCCAAUUUGGUGUGGUAUAUUAUUCUACGUCGUCGCUGGAAUCUUGGGCAUAGUGUCUGGAUGGAAGAAGAAUUCCGGAGUGGCUGUCGGCUACAUGGUCAUGUCCAUCUUGGCUUGUUUGGCGACGUGCUGCGUCAUUGGUUUCGGUGCUGCCAGGAUGUCAGCCAUCAAUCAAGUCUGUCAUCCAAUUUAUACGCGUUAUCGUUAUAGCUACAGGUACCAGGUCGUCUCGUACUAUGACCACCCUCCUUCAUUCUGUUAUUUGCAGGCGGCCAUCAAUGGUGUUUAUGCUAUACUGAUACUUCUCGCCUUGGUGGAGUUUGUUGUCGCCAUCGUUGGUGCCAGCAUGACCUGUGGUCCCCUCUGCAGUGGUGGAUCAGCAACUCGGACUGUGAUCCAAUACCAAGCUCAACCACACCUGGUGGUUGCCACACAACCCCAGGGACCGGCUUUCUACAACAUUCCUGGUCAGCCACAAGUUGCCUACCCAGCCCAGCAGGGGCAGUAUCCGCAAGCUCAAGCGCCCCCAACCGCCUACCCAGCCCAGCAGGGGCAGUAUCCGCAGGCUCAAGCGCCCCCCACCGGUGAACAACAGUACCAAGAACUCGUUAAAUAGGUCAUCGAUGAUCUUUGACCUGAUGGAAUCACGAUAUCUGGAGUUGGAAGAAGAAAUAAAUUCUUGAUUUUUCAUGUUAAGCUGUAUCUGGAUGUACAUUAGGUUUUAGCCGUUCAUGCAAUGCGUCAAGAAAUAGAUUUAGAGGCAAUGAAAUAAUAUUGUCCUGCUCCUUUCUAGAAUAAUUCAAAUGAAAGUUGGAGAACUGAUUGACGCUUAUUUUUUUUUUUAUAAAUGAAGAAAGCAUAACGUACUCAGAUAUUUACUGAAGAGCUGUUGUUUCAUAAAGGAUAAUGUAUUUUUUACACAGACUAAUAUUGAAAUAUUUUUCGAAAUCACGGCAUCGGAUGCAGACAUUGGCUUAAUUUGUUGAGCUCCCGUGCACUGUAGGGAUUUUGGCAUCAUCGGAUUUUGUUGCCACAUAUUCGAAGA